AUGUCUGCUGAUGAACAUGUUAGUUUUGUUCCUAAUGGAAAAGGAGGAAGAUUCGUUCGAUAUUCAUAUGCACGACCAUCAUCAACAUCAAAUCGUUUUGUUGAACUCGGACGAUUUUUCUAUAAUUUAACACGUGGUAUAUUUCAAUUAAUGCAUGUAUUACAUUAUUCAUUAACAACAUUCAAUAAUAUGAUAUCAUCAUUACCUUUUUGUAUACGAUAUAUUGUUCAACUUAUAUUAACAAUUUGUUUUCCAUUUUAUUCAUUAUAUCAAGGAUAUAUAUUACUUAUCAAUCGAAUUCAUCGUAUAGCAUAUCCAUUUUAUCGUGUUAUAACAUUAGUUACACGUUUAUUUACAUUUUUCGUUACAUUACCUAUACGUAUAUUAACAUAUGUAUUUACACAAACACAAGUUUUCUUACAAAAUUUACUAAAAUUUUCUAUUGUUAUUGCUAUUAUUAUUGGAUUAAUAGCUCUAUUUUUGGAUGAGAAUCAAUUAAACUAUAUCAAAUCAUAUGUACAAAACACAACAGAUACUAUAUUUAAACAAAGUUCAAUAGUUUAA